ACCUCCACGUCAGCUGCUCUCCCAUUGGUCAGUUCCCUGCGUUCUGCUCUCCCAUUGUCUCUGACGUCUACAGUUUGAAUUUUACGAUACGGACCGAGACCACAGAAUCAUUCCCCAGCAACUAUCAGGCCACCAUGCUGUCCAUUCCAGAUCUGAUCAAGAAGAAGAGGGACGGCAAUGCCCUCAGUGAUGAUGACAUCCAGUUCUUCCUCCAGGCUGUAGUUGAGAACAACAUACAGGAAGCUCAAACAGGGGCGAUGCUGAUGGCCAUCUUCAUGAAGGGCAUGGUUGCCACGGAGACGAUGGCCCUGACCAAAGCGAUGAAGCUGUCGGGGGAAGUGCUGUCGUGGCCCGAGGAGUGGGCGGGGCUUGUGGUGGACAAACACUCCACUGGCGGCGUGGGAGAUAAAGUGAGCCUGGUGCUAGCGCCAGCGCUAGCGGCCUGUGGCUUGAAGGUUCCAAUGAUCAGUGGGCGGGGCCUCUCUCAUACUGGAGGAACUCUGGAUAAACUGGAAUCAAUCCCAGGGUUUAAUGUCAGCCAGCCAUUCCCAAAGCUGCGGUCAAUUCUGGCGGAGGUGGGCUGUGUGAUCGUGGGUCAGACUGUCUCUCUGGUCCCAGCGGACCGCAUCCUCUAUGCCCUGAGGGACGCCACCAGCACUGUGGAAAGCCUGCCCCUCAUCACCGGGUCCAUCAUCUCUAAGAAGGCAGCAGAGUCUCUGAACUCCUUGGUCCUGGACGUCAAGUUUGGGAGAUCAGCUAUCUGCAAAGACCUAGCUAGCGCUAAGGCGCUAGGAGAGUCCCUGGUGACCGCCGGUAACAACCUGGGCAUGAAUACGAGGGCGGUGUUUACCCACAUGAGCAAUCCUAUUGGUCGAUGCAUCGGCAACAGUGUGGAGGUCAUCGAAUCACUGGAGACCCUGAAGGGAAAAGGACCCAGCGACCUGAUGGAGCUGGUCAGCACCCUGGGGGGCGUGUUGCUGGUGAUGACAGGCAAAGUGAGCAGCCUAUCGGAGGGCGGCAGAUUGAUCACUGAGAGUGUGACUGGUGGAGCAGCUCUGGCUAAGUUCCAGGCCAUGAUGGUAGCUCAGGGCGUGUCCAAUGAGAAUGCUCAAUCGCUAUGCUCCGCCCAAGCAGACUACCACCGCAUCCUGAGGAGAGCAGACCACCAGACAGAGCUACGCACACACACCCAGGGGGUUGUCAUGGAGAUCGAUGGGCUUGUCUUGGCCGAGGUCCUCCAUCAGCUUGGGGCAGGGCGAACGAAUGCUGGAGAACCUAUCAAUCACAGUGUCGGGGCGGAGCUACUGGUGUCAUUGGGUGAAAGUGUAAAUAAAGGCCGCCCCUGGUUACGGAUCCACUUUGAGAGUCCGGCUCUGACCCCAGACCAGACGAGUCGUUUGGAGGGCGCUCUGACUCUCGGUGGAUCAGGAGACAAACCUCUCCGAGGAUCACUAAUCGAGGAGAUGAUCCCGCCCAUGUGACCUGUCAGUCAUUGCCUUUUAAUGAAGUCUAAUAAAAUGU